GAUAAGCAAGAAGUAGUGAACAGUGAGCUUGGGGAAUUUAUAUAGUAACCCGAGAAACCUUAUUCCAGAAAACGUGAAUUGGACAAAGGUAUCGAGGUGGCGAGGUGAACGUGUACGCGGUUGUAGGUGGGGACCAUUCGAAGGGUGGAAAUAUGGGUAGACCUGGUAGACAUGAACAUAGAGCGAGCCAUGGCAGAAAUAGCAGCUUCCCAAAGAUGCUCAAUGAGACGCCCAGGGGGGAUGUUGUUCUCGUAACUGGAGGAUGCGGAUUUCUUGGGAAGCACCUCGUCAAACUGGUGGCAGAGAGAGGCGAAAACGUAGCCGAAAUACGAGUCCUCGACAUCCAACAAAAACCAGAUGACUUAAAUUUAGGUUUCGAUGGAAAAAUGGCAGGGAUAGAGUUGAAAUACUUCCAGGGCGACAUACGGAACAAAGGGAAAAUCCAAGAGGCGUUUACAGGCGUAAACGCAGUGAUCCAUUGCGCAUCUAUCAUUGACACGGGGAAUUUACCCGACCAUGAAGUUAUGGAUUCCAUUAAUGUCAAAGGAACAUCAAAUGUUUUAGAAUCUUGCAUUGAACAAGGUGUGGAAUAUCUAAUCUACACUGGAACGUCAGAACUGGGUAGAAGUUGGGAUCCAAUCUUAGGAGCAGAUGAAGAUGACGUCGACCAGAGUCAGACCAGAGACGACCUCAUUUUAAAUGGCUACGCAAGAACGAAAUCCAAAGCUGAACGUGAAGCCCUAGCUGCUAAUGGUACAAUACUUCAUAAUGGCAAAACUAUGAAGACAAUAUCAUUGCGCCCCUGUGGUAUUUACGGUGAAGGCGAUUCUAAAUACAUCACCGUCAUAAUGAAGAUAGGCAAAUCCGUAGGGAUAUUACCCAUUCUUGGAUCAGCAGAAGUCAAAAUGCAGCGCGUGUAUGUUGGUAACGUAGCUUGGGCUCACGUCUGUACGCUAAACACAAUACGAAAGGAGGAGAAUAUCAGUGGGACGUCCUAUAUUAUCACGGACGACAGCCCGGUCUGUAACAACUUCCUGUGGGCCAAGCCCUUUCUCGAAGCCCACAAGGUGAAGCUGUUAAACAUAGAAAUUCCACUAUUGUUCUUGUAUUUCUUCUGGUCCAUCAUUGAGUGGUUCACUAUACUGAUUUCACCGGUAUUAAAGAUACGCAUGCCUUCUUCCAAGAAUGAGUUGGUGAUGGCGUGUACAACGUGCUACUACAACGGGGACAAGGCAAGGAGACAGCUUAAGUACAAACCACUGUAUUCAGCGCAGCACUGCUAUCAAAGGGCAUAUGAAUACUACACAAAUCUUGAACUAUAACAAAACCAAAAAAAAACAUUUAACCUCAAGGAAAUCCAAUUCGGACAAUUAAUCAUAAUUGAUAUUCGCAAUGCACAAGAAAUCCAUUAUUAUGCCUAACUGAGAUUCCGUAUGGUCCACUAUCACCCUGUUCCAUGUAUGCAUACGGUGGUGCUGAAAACAUGGUUUAGUUUGAUUAUAGAAUGCACACUUUCUUGGAUAUUUUACUUUUUAUUCCGAUACGCAAAUCUUGCAUAACACAAUCAGAUGACAUUAUUAUCAGGGUUGUUGGCAUUUUUAUUUGCACAAUUAAUCAAAAAAUGCUGCAUAAAUUUUAUUUAUCUGUAUAUUAACUGUCUCGUAUUGUGCAAGAGUUACUGAUGCGUGGAAUGUUUUUAUGAAGCUAUUAAUGACAAUCUCAGAUUUGAUGAUGGCUUUAUUCUUCCAUAAGUCAUUAUCUAUUGUAUACAUUUGAUGUAUUACUAUGUUUCAUUGAUUUUUAUUCACUAGCUUAACAUUUGUACCAAUUAUACAAAAAAUAAAUUUUUGUAACUUAAACUAUUCGUUAAUAUGUUUGCCUUGCAAAACAAAUGUAAUAAAAGCAAAACCGCUUGAUUUCCCAAGAAAAAGUUCCGAUAGAUAAAUAUAUACAGCAUGUAGAGCACUAUAUACGUUUUAAGAGAACUUGUACAUCACCUCCAGUCAUUACUGUCCCCCUCUCGAUUGGUUUUCCGAUGGAUCUAAUAACAACUGUUUUCGUAAUACCUCGGUGCUCAAUCGGGCACGCUACAGGAGACAGGAGAAUUAAAAAAUGCAAUGCCAUAAUUCAAAACACAGAACACAUUGUUUUUGUUAUAUUCAAAAUAUGAGGUUUUGAAAUAUUUAGGUUUUGCUACCAAGUGAAGUUUUUGUUGAUGUUUUAGUAGUUAUUUAUAAUUACAACAGUAACCUCUGGCUGUAGAAAACAACACAAUUAAUAAUUAUCCAGUCAUAGUCCCUGAUCUGAUUUUUCUAAGAGCUCUAGAUGUCCGCCACAAAAACGAACCGCUGAAUAAUGUUCCUACAUAUAUGCUCUAUAUUGGAAUAUGUUACAUUUAUCCGGUAACGGGGCUUUUGCUUAGAAAAUGAGGAUUUGGGCAAGGGUGUAUUGACUAACAUGGGGCUAUGCACGACUUUGAAACGGUAUCUUCAUUUUUUGUGGCGGAGUACCAGACAACGACACUUUAUUUUUCUUGGAGCAGGUUAA